CUAGGUGGUGCCUAGCCUUCAGUAUGGCUCGGUUCGGCACGCCUGUCAGACCAUCUUCGAGAGUUCAAAAGCGGCGGGAAACUUGAAGUACUCGUUGAAGAAGAAAACAGUUUAAUUACCAAACGUGAAUAUCCGUUUUGCAAUCUUAAUUUAUUUCAUCAUGUUUGUGAUAGCACCUAUAAUUUGAUAAAAUGGAUAAAUAAGAAUUAACUUCAAAAGACAAACUAUUUAAACCUCUCUGUAGAACUUAACACAUCAAUUUGGUGAAAUUCUAAUAUCGUGCCUUGUACAGAGUAAAAUUGACUAAAUGAAUAAUCUAAUCAGACAAUGGAUGUGCAUAAAUAUAAUAUUUUCUAAAUAGCACAGAGUACCAUAUGUUCUAGAUUAUUAUGCACAAGACAAAUAGAUGUUACCAGAAGAUCCGCGUGGUGAUAAAUUUAUGAAUAAUGCGAGUCAUGGAAUUGAGAGCUGAGACCAUUUACCAGGGUGUCGAGAGAACGAUGAGCGAUAACGUCGAUGAUGUCACCAAAGGUGUGACUUUACGUAAUGGAAAUAGCUGGUACCUUUCAAACAAUUAUAAAAAACCCUACAGUGAUUCGGAUUCUAAUAGUGAUAUUAAAUUCAGAUUGGAUAAUGCUGAGGAGACAGAUAAUUUUGUAGUCAAGUAUCAUGGCAAAACUUACGAUAUAAGUGGGUUGUUGAAAUAUCAUCCUGGUGGACGUAAAACUCUUAAACCUUAUAAAGGCUUCAGUUUAGAUAGAGUCCUGGCCGAGACUCCGCAUUCGAAGGCUGCGCAUCAUCUCUUUGAGGAAUUUGUCCUUGAAAAUCAAAGUGAAUACCAGGACAUAGAGAAACUCAUUAACUGGAACAAACCUAUCCUUUGGCAAGUAAGCUCUUUAAAAAACAGAUACUGGGAAUGGGUGAACCUUCCUGUAAAUCGGCCGAUUCGGCUCUUCAAAUCAAAUUUCCUGGAAUUGCUGACUAUCACACCCUGGUAUCUGGUACCGAUUAUCUGGAUACCGAUUUCUCUGUAUUUCUUUUAUAUAGGAUGCACGACAGACAUUUCUGACAGUGUUGUGAAUUCCAUGCCGCAAAUAAUUAUUGCAUUUGCGUGGGGUCUGUUACUAUGGACAUUUUUGGAGUACAGUCUGCACCGUAAAUUAUUCCAUAUGAAACCACCGCCAGAUUCGACAACUCUUAUUACUCUUCAUUUUCUUUUACAUGGUUUACAUCACAAGGCACCCUUUGACGCACAGAGACUCUUGUUUCCACCAGUUCCCGCCAUAGCUGCUGCGACAAUUCUCCUUAAUCUUUACAAAUUACUGUUUCCUCCAGUAAUGAUUAAUUUUGUAAUCUCGGGAACAAUGAUAGGAUAUUUAUGUUAUGAUUUAAUACAUUAUUAUUUGCACUACGGUGCGCCAAAAGCUGAAACUUAUUUGUAUGUGAUGAAGAGAUAUCAUAAUUAUCAUCACUUCUCGCAUCAUCAAGAAGGUUUUGGUAUAAGCAGCAAACUGUGGGAUUACGUAUUCGGAACACUCAUAACAUUGAGGCAAUUAAUAAGAGCUAUCGAAUGGUAGCCUAAGAAUUAUAAUAAAUUAUAUCACUUUAUUGUAUCAGAUACAUACUGAAAAUCGCGCUACAUUUGUUCUCUCUGAUGAAUUUUGAAUAAAUAACAAUGCGACACGCAUAUAUUAUAAUUACACAGUGGUGUCGCGCCAGAUCGAUUCUAUCGUCGAGAAUUAAUAAUUAAUUAUUGGCUUAAUAAUUUACUUUCGCUGAUGCGAAAUUUUUAAGUACGAAUAAGGAAGGUGUACAAGUAAUAAAAAUGUUACUGCUUGUACGUAAAAGCAAACUAAAUUCAAAAAGUGCCAGAGAUUUUUAGAUGUUUAAAAUUAUUUGAUUGCACUCUGUACCAUUUUGUACCAAUAAAUUGCGUAUUAGACCACA